UGACUUCUUAACUGACAGUAAGUGUCAGCUCUCCCUACUGCAGUAUGAAUAUGUCGCACAACCGCUCGUAGCUUGCCACCGGCCGCUUUCAGUACCACCUGGAGUGAGUCCGUCGCCGCCCCACAAACGCACCGCCUGAGGCCCAGCCGACGCAGUCACCAGGGGCGAUACAAACGCAGGACCCCGCACCAGAUACCAACGACGCGACAGCGCCCUCAUGAUAUUAGCCUUGCGCUCCGUCUCUCAUGUUUGCAGACGGACAGGCAGACCGCUCUCAAUACCCCAAGUCCGACGCGUCUACUAUGCCACUGGCCCGUCUAUCGGUGAUCCUCCCGCGCAACCCGGAGGUUCUGGUUCGAUAUCCGCAUUACCACAUCCAAAGGACCCAGGAUCAUCCAACCAAUCCGUCUCAUCAUCUUUACCUCCGCUUCAGCCACCUCCGCCUUCAUCGAAUACCACGCAAGCUUCAACGUCGAACCCAUAUCCUCCAUCGCCACCGCCACCACCAGCAGAAACCGAUGCCCCGAAUGGCGGUCCACCUGUGCCUGUCCCGUUCCCGCGAGAAUAUCCUCACGAAUCUUCAGAGACCCAGCCCGACCUUCCUUCACUGCACAACUUUGGUCCCACUAAUUUUGGGAACCCUCCGUUCGACACGUACCGGUUCUUCUCUGAGCUAGAGAAGACGUUCUCUACCCCGACAGCGCGAAGCCUCAUGCGUGCAACAAGGGCACUCUUGGUGGAUAGGGUUGGACGGGUAAAGCGAGAAGGCCUCACCGUGAAGGACCUUGAAAGUGCAUAUUUGUUCAAAGCAGCGCUGUCCGAGCUACGGACGGAGCUCACAAUGCUUACCAGAAACGAAACGGCCGCGAUGCGCGCCGCGGGCGCCGCCCAGCGCAGAGAGGUAGACGCGUUGAACGCGAGAAUGAAGGAGGAUUUGGCGAAUCUCAAGCAUGAAAUUCAAAUGGAGCUGGAUAGUAGGAAGAACGAGGCUAAGAAUGACAUGAAGCAAAUAGACAUAGAGAUUGAGAGUAAUCUUAACGUGAAUCUCGUGACGCUGGGAGACCUCCGGACCGCCAUGGAGGAGGUGAAGUGGGAUAACAUGCGUAAAUCAGUUGUCGCACUGAGUGGAUUCCUACUUGUCAUCGUGCUUUCGAUGGAGUUUCUCUAUAACACCAACAAGAACGAGACUAAGAAACCGCCACCGGAGCUCAAACAAGUUGACGGAGAGAGCUUGCAGUACAUCACGUAACAUCGCUCACUUUCAAAUCCCUGGACGGAUUCUCUAUUGAUUAUUAUGACUUCGGGCUGGGACCAUGGUGCCGUGAUGAUCUAUAUCGCUGAGUACUCUUCGUGUCAUACACUCACUACUAUCCAGCUCCUUGCACAUAUUAUGGAUUGUUACAUGUCGCAUAGUUCUAUAGAUACAUAACACAUUGCAAGAUUUCAUCUUCCAGGCGAAUGGCGGGAGGGAAAACCUCAGUGGCCCAGCACAAAGGUCACCGCACAUCGAGCUUCUGUACCUCCUCCGCCAACGCGUCCGCCGCAUCAUCUGCCUUUACACUCUCCUUCGCAUCUCCCUCCUUGGCCUCCUUGGCCUCCUUGGCCUUCGUACCUGUGGGAGCCAGAACCUCGUCCUCAUCGUCAUCCUCCCAACUGUCCUUGAUCUUAGCCGUGAUCUCCUCCGUCUUCUUCUCGUCCCGCUUUUCCUUCCGCUUCGCAUUCUUCUUCGCGCUCUUGCUCAACGGUUUAUCAGACUGCGCUGCAGACGAGGCCGGCACCCAACCGAGGAUUUGGCCCUUGGGCAGAGUAUUCCGGUCCAUCUGCUGCUGCCGCGAUCCACGGAAGCGCGAGACGUCUUCCUGUGGGGUAAAGCCUGGUCUGAUCUUGAUCUCCUUGCGGACGCUGAGCGGUGACAGAGAAGGGACGGUGAGGAUGUUUCGUGCAGUGGGAUCGUGAUAUGAGUCAGAACAGAUGUCGACUGAGAGGGGUGCAGGCAGUCACAUACGAGCCAUCUGGUCGACGAGAUUCAGGGAUGACACGCUCGAGUGUGCGCGGGUCGACGGCAAUGCCAGACACAGUGGUCUCAGCGAUGAUAUCGGGCUUCGACAUGAUUGGAUUUUAUGACGGGUAGACUGAAGGGAACAAGCAAG